GGGAGGAUGAUGGUACUUUUUCAAACGAAAGGGAGGUGUGUCCAUGAUGUUCGCAGAUUGGGUUUCUGGGUGGAGCUAUAUUUUUUGAAUGUUUUAUUUGCUGUGCACUUUCAGUGUUUGAUAUCGCAGGUUUUGAGCCGGCUUGACUUUGAGGUGUGGAGUUGUUAACGCGAGUGGAGGUUGCUGAGAACUACUUGACCGGCCCCUGGUCACAUGCUGCUGUUUGCCUGAGUUUUAGGAAACUAUUUCCCCGUUUCAAAGCGAGCCCGUGAAUGUAUCUCUGAAGCUCUGUAACUUUCCCAGUGCUCAGCAGAAAGGAGAUCACUUUAACCCUUGCAAGCGGAAUGGAAGCGAUCCCGUUUCAGAAAUUCCGUGCAUUUAAACUGAAUAUCAAUCCCCUGAAAGAGCCGCUGGGAUUUAUCAAAGUGUUGCAAUGGGUUUUUGCUAUAUUUGCCUUUGCCACCUGUGGAGGUUACGCAGGGACUAGUGUGGCUUCUGUUAAGUGUCAAGAUGGCCAGAAAGAUCUGAUCUCUGUCCAUUUUGGUUAUCCUUUCAGGUUAAACCAGAUUACUUACAAAGCACUGACCUGCAAGAAUGAUACUAGUUAUGAGACCCUGAAUCUCCUUGGAGAUUUUUCCUCACCACCGGAAUUCUUUGUUACAAUUGGAGUGUUUACGUUCCUAUACUGUACAGCCGCUCUGGUCAUCUAUGUGGGAUAUCAGAGUCUCUAUCAGCAGAACAAGUAUCUGCCAAUAGCUGAUUUUGUAGUGACUGCACUUUUUGCUUUCCUGUGGCUGGUCUCGUCCUCCGCUUGGGCACAAGGUCUGUCUGAUGUCAAAAAUGCAACAAAGCCAACUGCUAUCAUCCACCCUAUCAGUGCAUGCCAGGGGAAAACUGUUGUGUGUACACCAGGUGCUGUGCCACCCAUGGGACGUCUCAAUGCAUCAGUGAUAUUUGGUUUCAUGAACUUCAUCUUGUGGUCGGGUAACAGCUGGUUUGCGUUUAAGGAAACUUCUUGGCACAAAGCCACCAACCCACAGGAUGUAGCUGAGCAGGGCACCAAUGUGGAACGCUAGAGUUAUCUGCCUGACUCUCCCUAUUCACCCCAACCCACUCCCUCUCUCUCUCUCUCUCUCUCUCUCUCUCUCUCUCUCUCUCUCUCUCUCUCUCUCUCUCUCUCUCUCUCUCUCUCUCUCUCUCUCUUUCUUUCUCUUUCUGCCACAUUUUUUUUAAUCCUACUGUUCCACAUCACUGUUGUGAACUCCAAACCCCACCCCCAACCAAUUCCUGUUGAUGAUUAUCUUCCCCCACCCCCCCACCCCAGAUUCUGUUCCUGUUGAUCUUGAUCAAUUGCUGAUGCCCUGGGAUAGAUCCGGGGAGAACACUGUCCCUCCGAUGGCCUAACUUGAUAGACCUAAAUGACUUGGACACUUCCAAUCCACAAUCCAGUCUGAUGCUUGGAUUGUCCCCGAGUCGAACGUGCCCAUUAGGGCCGUGCAGAGAUUGGGGGGUGCCUGUGGAAAUCACUACAUAGCUGCAGGGGGUGGAAGUGGGAGGGGGUUCCCAUGGGUCAGUGACCAUGAAUGAACACAAACUCAAUGCUGACAAAUGGUACUUAGAUUUUGAGCAGCCUCCUCCUCCUUUCUCUGCUCCCCCCCCCCACCCAGCACUGACACACAUGAUUUAUUUGCUUCUUUUAAUGUUCAUUUUGUGCCCACGGUGAGCUUGCAUCCUGUGAUAAGCUUUAACUUGUGGUAAGGUCAGAACAACAAUGGUGGCUAUUGAGGGGAGCCUUCUAUACUUUGUCACUGGUUACACGUUCUGGGUGAUUGGGGCUCAGGUAAACACUGGAAAGGGAGGCCUUCCAGACCUCACAGAGACUUUGUGGCCCAUUGCACACCCUGGGAAAGCUGUGCUGAGUGACAUGGUCACUUUCACACUGCCCCCGCCCAACCCCCACCAAACCCGCCGUUCGCAGUGUGGACAUUGUCACAGUUCAUUGGUAUGAUCUGAGAGUUGGUGGGAGGGGAGGGAGACUUGUACAGUGUGGUAGCAGGGGUCUCUCCCUCCCUCUCCCAGACUGUAGCUCUCAUAACUCAGUCUUAACUCUACAGGGGCUCCCUUGGGGGGGGGGGUCUCCCUCCCCAGCCACUGCCUCAGAUUUCAGUUUCUGGCCCCAGUGGGGCCCUGUCACUUUGGGAAGCCUUGCAUUCGAGUGCGUUCUUCUGUCAGCCUCUCACGUGUGUUAAGACAUUUCCGAUUCUGAACCCUGCCUUUCUUAUUUGCUUCCUGCCAAUAUGCAGUUGAACUGUGAAUGGCUUUUGCCCAUAUUUCCGGACAAACACGGCACCAGCUUCCUCUGAACAAUGCCUUUUGCUCAGUAAAAAGUGGUGAAAGUGCGAGGGGUUCUUUCCAUGUAGUAAAACCCUCCCCCUCCUCACUCCAAACUGGUUCCUGGAUAGAUUCAACUGGUGCUACUUUUUUGAUGUCUAAGGGAAGAUUUUUGGUUUAUCCAAUGCAGAAAAAUCCUUUUGGAAGGCGAAGCUUAUGGAUGCACGGGUUCGGGGGCUGGGCUCUGUGAGGUGCUCCAUUUUACAAUGACCUGUUAGCAUCCAGCCUUCACUUUGUCCAAUUGUGUAAACCUCGAACUCUGUCUCCAGUAAUUGCUACUGAGUGGGGAGAGCUCAGACAACAGCUCUGAGCACACAGCCUCAUUUAAACCCGGGAGCCUUGAAACAUUGUAAGCUUG